GAGAGAGAGAGAGAGAGAGAGAGAACGGAGGUGUGCAGUGAACAGAUCAUUACCAGCGCAGUUUUCCUCUGUCAACAUCUCUCGGAGAUAAAUCGGCGAACUCUUGUGUUUCGCUUCCACCAAGUAUGAUGAUAUGAUACGCGGCGACGUGGAUGUAUUUUUCAUGGUGCUUUUCUGCGAGUUUUCCGACUCUUGGAAAAAAGUGGAUUUUGCAAAUGUGAAUUUGAUGUCAAUUUAACGUCGAAACGAGGGUUCCGCCGUGGAAAGGGCAGCAGAGGGAGUUGCUACGGCAAAAAAAGUAGAGAGCGCGGAUACUGGGCUCUCCACACGGGGAGUCAGUAUGAUGUCCGCGGGCGGAGAGGAGCUCGGAAGCGACUCUGUAGAACAGUGUGCUGUGGGAAUGCCGUUGGAUUUACACGUUCCGUUCUAUUCGCCGAGCGCUUGAAGAACACAGAGAGGUGCAAAAGUGUUCAGUGGGAUUACAUUAUACGGAUAAAAUCAUGUUUAAUAAGGUCUCUAGAACCAAAUGUCACAUCUCCUGGAAGCAGCUUGGGCUGGGGCCCAUCAGCACUUGACAGCAGGCCGGGAGGUGGACGAUGUGGCUCAGUGCUUCAGCACCAUCUGAGUCACACCCUGCUUGGGCCCGAGUGAGAGCAGUCAAUGAUCUGACUCCUCAGCAUGGAUGGCUUAAGUGAAAGAACCUAUGUGCUCUAAUGAGACCACCUUCUCUAGAGAAGGACUAGAAAAUUAUCAAGGGAUUACUCCUCGGCUUGAAUUCUUACAUUUAUCUGCAAACUGCACAUUAGAAUAAUCUUUUAAAGGACAUUUUGCUGGAUUUUUACAUUUCCAUUUUACUCCCUUCAGCCACUGAUUUUCCCUUGCCAUUUCCUUUAACUUUUUUUUUCCAUUAUGGAGUUUCAAACUGGAUUUUGGAAUAAUGAUUGGACUUCAUUUCUUCGCUUUUGGUUGACAGUUCUGUUGAGCUUGCAUGUGCAGUUCAGCCCUGUCUCCUCCUGUCCAGAGGAGUGCCGCUGUGAUAGAACAUUUGUUUACUGUAAUGAGAGGAGCCUGACGUCUGUGCCUCUGGGGGUGCAAGAGGGAUACAAGACCCUCUUCCUCCACAACAAUCAGAUCAAUAAUGCCGGCUUUCCAUUGGAGCUACACAAUGUUGCCUCUGUAGAAACGGUUUACCUGUACGGGAAUCAGCUGGAUGAAUUUCCCCUUAACCUUCCGAAGAAUGUCCGAGUGUUGCAUCUCCAGGAAAACAACAUCCAGACCAUUUCCAGGGCAGCACUUGCCCAGCUACACAUGCUGGAGGAACUCCACCUGGAUGACAACUCCAUCUCAACUGUAGGGGUAGAGGAGGGGGCUUUUAGGGAGGCUCUCAGUCUCAAACUUCUUUUCCUCACCAAAAACCAUCUAAGCAGUAUCCCUAUCGGAUUACCUGCAGACCUAAAGGAGCUGCGUUUGGAUGAGAAUCGAAUUGCAGACAUUGACGAGGAUGCCUUUCAGAAUGUCACCACCCUGCAGCGACUGUUACUGGAUGGAAACUUGCUUGAGGAUGAGGCCAUUGCUCCUGGUACCUUCCAGGAUUUGGUCAAUCUCAAAGAACUGUCCCUGGCACGCAACUCCCUCACCGCUCCACCACCAUUGCUCCCUAGCGUAUCCCUAACUAAGCUCAACCUGCAGGAAAACCAGAUAGACACUAUUGAAGUGACAGCCUUUGCUGGACUUAGUAAACUAGAAAAGCUAGAUAUCUCCAACAAUCUGCUUCAAAUUCUUCCACCAGGUGUCUUUGACGGCUUGAGAAGUCUGAGAAUCCUUAAUGCUAGAAACAACCUUUGGCGCUGCGAUUGUAGCAUUAAGUGGGUCAUUGCAUGGCUCAGGUCUCUGCCUUCUGCGAUAAAUGUCCGUGGGUUUACGUGCCAGAGUCCAGAAAGAGUGCGUGGUAUGGUUAUACGAGAGCUCACUUUAGAUGCCAUUGAUUGCCCUGCAGGCACUGUUCUUCAUCCCUGGCCAACUCAUACAUAUCCAUCUACAUUACCGCCCCGCAGGACCAGCACCAUCACCAAAACCACCUCUAGAACCACCCGCAUCACCACCAUUUCACCCACCGCUUUUUACCCAGCCUCCACCAACCCCACACCACCAGUGCCGCAUUUCCCUCCCGGUCCCCUCCCACCCUACGAAGAUCCCUUGAAAAUCUCUUUUCAUGUUGUUAACUCUACCUGCAUUGAUGUGAGCUGGGAGUCUUACUUCACUGUGACAUCUUACAAGGUGACUUGGGUUAAGAUGGGCCAAAGUUUGAUGAGUGACAUUACUCGAGAAAGAACAGUCCCUGGAUACCAACGAAGGCUUAGUUUGUCAAAUCUGGAGCCUAGAUCCGUCUACCGCAUCUGUGUGUAUGUUUUGGAUACUCUUAAUACUUACAGACCGGGCGAGGAUACUAUCUGUUCUGAGGCUAAGACAAAAUCCACAUCCACAUACUCUGAAUCGGAGCAGGCUGCUCAGCAAGACAACACCUCCACACUUUUAUUGGCUGGAGUGAUAGGUGGGGCAGUGUUGGUGGUCUUAGUGACGCUUCUAAGCUUGUUUUGCUGGCACAUGCACAAGAAAAGCAGAUCGCCGUCGUCCAAAUGGAAAUACAACCGUGGCAGAAGAAAAGAUGACUACUGUGAGGCCGGCACCAAAAAGGAUAACUCCAUCCUGGAAAUGACUGAAACCAGCUUUCAGAUAGUGUCGCUAAACAAUGAGCAGCUUUUAAAAGGGGACUUCAGAAUUCAGCCCAUCUACACACCUAAUGGAGGAAUUGGCCUCCGAGACUGUCACCUUAGUAACAAUAGCAUAGCUUACUGCAAGAGCAGUAACGUUCCCAGUGUGGACUUCCUCCACACAUGAUGCUUUUCAAUGGAUGCUACAACCAUUUGUUCAAAGAACAUGUAGUUCAAUAUACUGUACAUUACACGUAUACAUAUAAAUAUAUAAAUAUAUAUUUCCAGGUGCAGUCAACAUGGUAAUUUAUACUGUGGACAAGUAUGUGGAAUUCUGCUAUAUUUUCUAUUCUUAGUAAAUAUGAAAUGGUUUUGUAAUUUGUGAGGCUCAAAAGUGGCUUCACUCAAGGACACCACAGAUGUUUUGUAUAAUCAAAGCACGUUGGCUACCUGCUACAAGUGCAGACCAUAGGUUUUGCCUCUCAACCAGUUGAAGAUGUUGCUAACCACACAACCAAAAUAUGCCCUUUUUGCUGAAAUACAGCUACCCCUUCACAUAACAGUAGUUACGAUAACACAGUGGUCAGGAAACCAAAACACCGCUGAUUAAGCUGCAGUAGAAAAAAAGGAGCCGGGUUUUUUUUAUUAUUAUUGUUUUAUUUUUUUGGAAUUGAAGUGCACUUUCUUAAUGCAGCAGACAGCAUGAGCAGUCAUUCAGGAAAUGAGCUUUUGUGGAAAUCACAUUUGAAGGGAAAAGGGACCACUCUACAAAACCGUGCAGUUCCACUAUGAGAGGUCUGUGAAUGCAGUAGGGAGAUGGCCUGAAAGGUUCCUGUGCAAGCAUUUUCCAGGGCAUAUUUAUGUUUGAUUUUGGCCACAAGGGGGCAGCUUGUUUCAGUCUAUACAAGAGGAUAACAGCUUAAAUGGACUACAAACACUCUCCUGUGGUAAAUCCAUGACUUUUAUGGGAAUAGCUUUUGUGCUUGAGCCUUAAUUUCAAGCAAUUAGCAGCCCAAACAUAAAAUGAGGUAAUGCAAGAGCUAAACCACUGAGGUAAACUAUUAAUAUCCUGAGGGAGCUCUGUAAGCUCCUUCAUGUUUGUUCUAAUUAUUAAUCAUUGAAAAUUUGAAAACAGCGCAAUCUCAAACUUCAAA